AUGAAAUUACUAAUUAACAGUUAUAUUUACAAGGUAAGUACUCUAGAGGUGUGCAUCGGAUCGGAUUGAACGUUUAUAAUCCGACAAUUGGCUAAUGUUUAAAAUUCGAUCCGAAAUUGUCGAAUCCGAUCCGACUUUUGAUAAAGAAUUCCGAUCCGAAGAACCUUUAAUAAAAUAAAUUUCUCAUUCAAGUGGAAAUAUUUAACCAAAUAAUAAUUAAUUCAUUUUAUUUCGAAUAUCGAAGUCCGAUCCGACUACGAAACAACUUUAUCAAUCCAAUCCGAAAUGAAUAUUUUUGUUCCGAAAUCCGAACGAAUCGGAUUUGCACACCUCCAGUAAGUACCAUCAUAAAGGUCGGUUUCCAUUUCAGUCGCUUUGCCCGCGCGGGCGGGCUUUGAAAAUGUGUUUUCAUUAUUAUUUGUUAUUUUUUUCUUCAGAGUGCCGUCAGUUGCAUGUGGCAUCCAAAGAUUAACCAAGUUUUAGUUGGUUGUGGUAAUGGAAAAGUUAAAGUUUUCUUUGAUCCACAGCGAAGUACAAGGUAAGAGAUUUUGUCUUAUUCUGGUGAUGAAUUUCUUUAUUAUGAAGAAGAAAUUGGAGAAUGCCUUGCAUGGGACUCACAUUUUUGGGCGUUGCCCAAUAAGGUUAAGAAAUUAUUUUUGACAUCAUGAUACUUUUUGCAGGGGAGCAAUCAUGUGCGUUUCAAAGGCGACGAAGAAAAGCCAGAUUCGUGAAAUGCAACUUCCUCCAAGGAUUAUUACACGUAAGACUUUUUUAAAAGUGGUGUUGUGCUUAGGAUUAAAAAUUGAAUUGUGAUUAUCAUUGCAAGGAUGAUUACAUAUUGUUAAAGGGUCGAAAUGUCAAGCCCGUAUUGAGUACAACGAAUCGAGUCGUUACCUAAAAGAUUCAUUUUUCUCUACCAGCCCAUGCUCUGCCAAUGUUCCGACAAAAUCAAGGUGGUGCCACUAUGAAGAAAGUGAAAGAUAAAGAACGUGCCGAUCCCAUCAAGUCACGAAAACCAGAAACCCCUCUCACUGGCGCAGGUAUGUAAAAUCAAAUGAUUCUUUUAUUGCUUGCAACCAUUUUUCAAUUAUCAUUUAAGCAAUUCGUUGAUAUGCAAUUUUUCUUGUUGAUAUUGCUAUUUUUUCUUGUUAGGAAAGGGAGGCCGAGUUGCUUCUGGUAUCAGUUUAUCCCAAUUCGUUUCUAAGAAUUUGGCUGUAAAGAAUCUUGAUGACUCCAAUCCUCGGGAAUCUAUUCUCCGUCAUGCGAAAGUAUUAUUAAUUAUCUUAUAUAUUAUAUGUGGGAAUAAAAUACUGGUAUUAUUCGAAGAAAAUCAUCUUUAGAAAUGACUAAAACAACUCCUUUAUGAGAAAAAAAAAAUAUUUGCAGGCCUGAAUUAUAUGUGUCUCAAAUGCUUACACCAUUACCUUUUCGAAGCGCAUCCCAACGACCUUGCAGAGGUAUUGCUUACAGCAUUACUAAUACUAAUACAUUAUCAAUGUCUUAACCUUAUACGUUUUUGUAGGAGGCUGCUGAGAAUCCAUUUUGGGUGAGCCCCGCCUAUUCCAAGUAAGUAUCCCGUUUGAAUCUCGCCAUACGUUUCUGUUUUGCCCUUCGUGUCCUUCACUGACGUUAUCACUCUUUCUGCUUAUUCUCACUGGAUGGUGAUCUCAGUGCUUUCGCUACCACACACACUCUUAGACAAGGUGUCCACGGGCCUUGAAAAUCCUGGAAAGUCCUUGAAUUGGAAAAAAAAUUCCAGGCCUGGAAAGUCCUUGAAAAUCAGUCGAAGUCCUUGAAAGUCCUGGAAUUAAUUACCUUAACCUUCAGCUGUGCCAACAUUAGUGAUUUUGAUUAAAAUUACUGAAUAAAACGAAUUAUUUACGGCAAAUCCGUGCCCGCAUUUUCAAAGAUUUUUCCCAGUUCUAGGUCCUUGAAUUUACUGAAAAAAGGGCCUUGAAAGUCCUGGAAUUUCACCUUCACCAAAUUAGGGUGGACACCCUGCUUAGAACAUAACUUUUGUACUUCAGUACUCAGUAGCUACAAUAAUUAGUCAAUCCUAUUAUGCACACCUAAUAAUCUUGUCUAGAACUCAACCGCGGACAAUCCUUGCUGAAGAUGAUGGUGAAGAAGAAGAUGAUGAUGAUGAAAGCAAGGCAAAGAAACCGAAGCUUUCGUGA